GUGUAUGGUAAGGCAAAUGUACAAAAGUCAUUACUUAGUGCAGUUGUAUACAGGGAUCCGGUCGUGAUCGAGACGGAGCAAUUACGCGUAAAACAAGGAACCAAUACAGUUCCCCAGAUAUCAUCAUCAUCAUCUCAGCAAAUGGUGAUUCUGAUGAAUCUGAGAGCCAUUUGAAUUCGCCGGCGACCGAAUCGAAUCCCUGAUUCACCGGAGCGCGAGGGUUUGAUCAUGUUGUCGAAUCAUCUUCAGGACGGGAUCGAAUCCACCAAGCAUAUCUGGUCUCGCAUCCCGGAAUUCGACGAUUCUUCCGCCGACGGCGGCCUGCUCAGCUCCCGCCGCGGUGGAGUCAAUGGCGGCGGCGGCGGCGGAGGUGUUGAGAGCCUCGAUUACGAGGUUAUCGAGAAUUACGCUUACAGAGAAGAACAGGCGCAGCGAGGAAAGCUCUAUGUCGGGUACUAUGUUGCCGUCAAAUGGUUCUUCUCUUUGCUAAUUGGGAUUGGUACUGGGUUGGCGGCUGUUUUCAUAAAUCUCUCGGUCGAGAAUUUUUCCGGAUGGAAAUUUACCUUCACGUUUUCCAUCAUCCAGAAGUCAUACUUUGCCGGUUUCAUCGUUUAUGUUCUCAUCAAUCUCGCAUUAGUCUUUUCUUCUGCGUAUAUCAUUACCCAAUUCGCUCCUGCUGCUGCUGGUUCCGGUAUUCCUGAGAUUAAGGGUUAUCUAAAUGGAAUUGAUAUUCAUGGGAUCCUGCUCUUUAGAACUCUCAUUGGAAAGAUAUUUGGAAGCAUCGGCUCUGUUGGUGGUGGCUUAGCACUGGGGAAAGAAGGCCCUCUUAUACAUACGGGUGCUUGCAUCGCGUCUUUACUUGGUCAGGGUGGGUCUACGAAAUAUCAUCUGAAUUCUCGGUGGCCUCAACUUUUCAAGAGUGACAGAGAUCGCCGUGAUCUUGUCACUUGUGGAUGUGCAGCUGGAGUUGCUGCUGCUUUUAGAGCUCCAGUUGGUGGAGUGCUAUUUGCGUUAGAGGAGGUCACGUCUUGGUGGAGAAGCCAACUCAUGUGGCGUGUCUUUUUCACUUCGGCCGUGGUGGCUGUUGUGGUUCGUACCGCCAUGGGAUGGUGCAAGAGUGGAAAAUGUGGACACUUUGGUGCAGGUGGUUUCAUUAUAUGGGAUGUAUCAGAUGGUCAAGAUGACUACUACUUCAAGGAGCUUCUGCCAAUGGCUGUAAUUGGAGUUAUUGGAGGCCUUCUUGGUGCUUUGUUCAACCAACUUACGCUAUAUAUGACAUCUUGGCGUCGGAAUUCUUUGCAUAAGAAUGGCAACCGAGUUAAGAUAAUUGAAGCUUGCAUCAUCUCGUGUAUAACUUCGGCAAUCUCGUUUGGCCUACCACUCCUGAGAAGGUGUAGCCCAUGCCCUGGACCAGAUCCUGGUUCUGGUAUUGAAUGUCCCCGGCCUCCAGGAAUGUAUGGGAAUUAUGUAAAUUUCUACUGCAAGACAGGAAACGAAUACAAUGAUCUUGCAACAAUUUUCUUCAAUACUCAGGAUGAUGCAAUACGAAAUUUGUUUAGCGCAAAAACGAUGCACGAGUUCAGCGCUCAGAGUCUGUUAACCUUUUUGGCUAUGUUUUAUACAUUAGCAGUGGUGACAUUUGGAACUGCUGUUCCUGCCGGUCAGUUUGUUCCUGGAAUAAUGAUAGGAUCAACCUAUGGACGCCUUGUUGGCAUGUUUGUCGUUAGGUUCUACAAGAAGCUCAAUAUCGAGGAGGGAACUUAUGCUUUGCUGGGAGCUGCUUCUUUUCUCGGAGGCUCGAUGAGGAUGACAGUAUCUUUAUGUGUUAUCAUGGUUGAAAUCACAAACAACCUGAAACUUCUGCCUCUUAUAAUGCUGGUUCUUCUGAUCUCUAAGGCUGUUGGUGAUGCUUUCAAUGAGGGAUUAUAUGAAGUACAAGCACACUUGAGGGGUAUUCCGUUGCUUGAUUCGAGACCCAAGUACCAAAUGCGGCAAACGACUGCUAGGGAAGCAUGUAGAAACCAGAAGGUCGUUUCCUUGCCUCGAGUUGUUAGGGUUGCAGAUGUUUAUUCUAUUCUGCGCAGCAAUGCACACAACGGAUUUCCAGUGAUUGAUCACGCGAGAAGUGGUGAAACACUUGUCAUGGGCUUACUCCUUCGUAGGUAUGUGAUUCAUUUGCUUGCUCUCCUUCAGUCAAAGGUAGAUUUUCAGCAUAGUCCUCUGCCUUGUGAUCCAAGUGCGAGAGCUAUCGGGCACAAUUUUAGUGAGUUCGCUAAACCUGUUUCAAGUAAAGGGAUAAGCAUAGAUGAUAUACAUCUAACUACAGAUGAUUUAGAGAUGUACAUUGAUCUUGCCCCGUUUUUAAAUCCAUCUCCGUAUGUUGUUCCCGAAGACAUGUCUCUAACAAAGGUAUAUAACCUUUUCCGGCAACUCGGGCUGAGGCAUCUAUUUGUUAUUCCACGUCCUUCUCGUGUGGUAGGCUUGAUUACCAGAAAAGAUUUGCUUAUCGAGAAUGACGGGGAGUCUUCCUCAGUUGAGCUUCAACAGGAAACUAGUGUAAGAUCUCAGUACGGUGAGAUAGAAAGGUGGCGGGGAAACUCGGAUGCACCUCGUCCGCUCCUAAACAAUCUGAUAGGCUAAAUGAUACAAACAACGGAGAAUCAGUUGAAGAUGUUAAUUAUCCUAAUCUUCCUCGAAAGGAAAGGGGUGAACGCAAAACGGCAACUAAGCGCGUUGGCGUUGACGUUACGGCACAAAUCCGAAACAUACCAAA